AAAAGAGCGAUGCUAGGGGCACUCGCUUUUCGCACUCUCUAGUCAGCACUUUCUUUUUUAUUGGGCCACGUUAUCUUAGUUCCCGAGAAAUCCCUGGAAGCUUUAAAGAAGCUUACGUGGCCCCAUGAAAGGGGAAGUGCUGGCCGGAGAGUGCAAAAAGCGAGUGCCCCUAUAUUGCUCUGAAGUAAAAUCCCAAUCGCUUUCACGACUCCGUCGUUCACAUCUCCUGCCCUUGGUUCCCUGCAGGUUGCACUUUCGUUUCUCUCGGUCAGUGAUUCCAAUAAAAUAAAAAAAGAAAAAAAAAAAGAGAAAAAAAUAUUAAAUUAAUAAAAAUUUGUUUUUUCCCUUUGGAUGGGUCCAAUUUAUGAAGGAAGUAGUUGAAUUUCAAAUGCCAUUCGUUGCGGAUUCGGAUCUGCUGCUGGUCAGAUGGCCUCCAGCUUAUACAAGUUAUUGCAAAAGAAGGUUGUUGUUGGAUGUUUUGUUGCCUGAGAAUUAUUUUUUCUAAAUUGCAACGGUUAUUUAUGGGUUAAGGUGGAGGGGCGAAAUGGUUUUGCAUUUAAUGUAUUUAAGGAGAUGGAGGAGUUACAAGAUGAUACGGUGCCAGGAGGGCGAGGGCCUUCUGCUGCAACAUGGUGGCAUUCAGAUUUUGUGGAAAAAUUUGGGUCUGUUUCCUUGGGUUCUAAUGAAGAGAGUUUGAGUAGUAAAGAAUAUCAAGAUGGAUUGCCAUCUCAAACAGCUUCGCAGAUUCUGUGGAGCACUGGAAUGCUUUCUGAACCAAUUCCAAAUGGUUUCUAUUCUGUCGUUCUGGAUAAAAGACUCAAGGAUAGUUUUGAUCGUAUUCCUACUUUGGAUGAGCUUCAUGCUCUGGGUGGAGAUGGUUUUAAAGCUGAUAUCAUUCUCGUUGAUGCUGAAAAAGAUAAGAAGCUAUCAAUGCUGAAGCAGUUGAUUGUGGCAUUAGUAAAAGGAUUGAACUCAAAUCCAGCUGCAAUGAUUAAAAAGAUAGCAGGAUUGGUUUCUGAUUUCUAUAAACGGCCAACACUAGAAAGUCCAGCAAAAGCUGCACUAGAGGAAACCUCCCAUAUCUUUGAGAAUCGAGGGGUCCAAAUGUUGGGGCAAAUAAGGCAUGGUUCAUGUCGUCCUCGAGCAAUUUUGUUUAAAGUUCUGGCAGAUACUGUAGGUCUUGAAAGUAGCCUCAUGCUGGGUUUACCAAAUGAUGGGGCUGUUGAGUGCGUAGAUUCAUAUAAGCAUAUGUCUGUAAUAGUUGUGUUGAAUUCUGUGGAGCUACUGGUUGAUCUUAUGCGGUUUCCAGGUCAGCUGAUACCACGUUCAACAAAAGCUAUUUUUAUGACCCACAUAUCAGCAGCUGGGGAGAGUGAUUCUGCUGAGAAUGACUCUUGUGAUUCUCCCCUGGAGCCAAAUAGUCCUCUAUAUGGAUUUUCAGAGAGAGUUGAUCCUGACAGUGCUGAUAAAGAAGAGGGCCAUCAGUUCCAUGGAAGAUUAGAUGCUUGUGCAAAUAUAUCUGGUCCUUCAUUGCGGAAUAUGAUGCUGCGAUCUAAUAUGUCUAUUGAUAGGAAGUUAAGCCUUUCACAUAGUGAACCCAACAUUGCAACUGCAUUUUGGCGACGUAGUCGGAGAAAGGUCAUUGUUGAACAGCGAACUGCUAGUUCCAGUCCAGAGCAUCCAUCAUUUCAAGCACGUGCAAGGUCCAUUUUAAGUGGUGACAGGAAUUCACUUAGAGAUUUUGGUGAUGAGGCUACUACAUCAAGCUAUAGAUCAGAUGGUGCAUCAACAUCAGAAGCUCGUAGAAUAAGAAGAAGAAGCAUUAGUAUGACCCCUGAGAUUGGUGAUGAUAUCGUAAGGGCUGUGCGAGCAAUGAAUGAAGCCUUGAAGCAAAAUCGCCUUUUGAGAGAGAGGAAUGAUGAUAAGUCUUUUGCUCAUCCUUCAAAUGACAGAAAUGAGCAUUUGAGUCUUCAGCAAACCGUAUCAAGUUUUGAUAUUGAUGAUGAUGGUAUAUCCACUGGGAGGUUUACCAGGGAGCAGCUCAAUUCUCAGAAAGCUAUGUCAUUGCCUUCAUCCCCACACACAUAUAGGAGUCAUACCUCAAAAAGAAGUGGACCCUCAGAAUAUGUACCCAAUGAUGAAAUGGUCUCAACUUGGAGAAAAGUUCUUGAAUCUCAAAUGUUCAAUAACAAUCCUCUAUUCCCUUAUCCAGAAUGGAAUAUUGAUUUCUCUGAGUUAACUGUGGGAACUCGUGUUGGAAUUGGGUUCUUUGGCGAAGUUUUUCGUGGAAUAUGGAAUGGAACAGAUGUUGCAAUCAAGGUAUUCUUGGAGCAGGAUUUAACCACAGAGAACAUGAAAGACUUUUGCAAUGAAAUAUCAAUUCUUAGUCGACUUCGACAUCCUAAUGUUAUCUUAUUUUUGGGUGCAUGUACAAAGCCACCACGGUUAUCAAUGAUUACAGAAUACAUGGAGAUGGGAUCAUUGUACUAUUUGAUUCAUUUGAGUGGUCAGAAAAAGAAGCUAAGCUGGCGGCGGAGACUAAAAAUGUUGCGUGAUAUCUGCAGGGGGUUGAUGUGUAUACACCGGAUGAAGAUAGUUCAUCGAGACCUAAAAAGUGCUAAUUGCCUCGUGAAUAAGCAUUGGACUGUGAAGAUAUGUGAUUUUGGGCUCUCGAGAAUAAUGACAGAAACACCCAUGAGAGAUAAUUCUUCUGCAGGAACACCAGAAUGGAUGGCCCCUGAACUUAUUCGUAAUGAACCUUUCACUGAAAAAUGUGAUAUUUUUAGCCUUGGGGUAAUAAUGUGGGAGCUCUGCACUCUAAAUAGACCAUGGGAAGGGGUACCUUCAGAGAGGGUAGUUUAUGCUGUUGCAAAUGAGGGAUCCCGGUUGGAGAUUCCUGAAGGUCCACUGGGCAGACUAAUUUCAGAUUGUUGGGCAGAACCGCAUGAACGACCAAGUUGUGAGGAGAUAUUUUCCCGUUUGCUCGAUUGCGAAUAUUUGCUCUGCUGAUGCAUAUGUUUCUUGUGUAUAAUCAUGGUAGAGGUGCUACAAUGCGUGUCGGCUUCCCAACUUUGUAGACUAAUAGUUUUUUUUCCGAUCAAUGCAAAAACAUAGCUUCUUUUUUUUUUUAUCUUCCAAUUGCACAGAACUCCAUCCUUUCUUUGCAAUCAAUUCAGGGUUUAUUU